UUGAAGGGCAAAUCGAAGAGCUUCCGAAUCCAAGUCCACACCAUUUCUACUAGAAAAAGAACUCAAGAAGAACAGUAAAAUAAAUUCAAGCAAAAAGGAAAUGAAGGUCGACGACGUUCUGCGGACGACAACGUUAGCUAAUGUGAAAAAGGAGAACUCAGAUUCGAGUUUAUUCGGUAAAGGCCAUUACAAGUUCUGGGCUUUAGCGGCGAUUCUGUUAUUGGCAUUCUGGUCGAUGUUCACCGGUACCGUUACUCUCCGUUGGUCAGCCGGUAACCUCAGCCGUUUUUCCGAUGAUAUUGAUAGCCACAUUCACGACGAUCUGGAUGUUCUCGAAAUGGAGAGAGAGAAGUUGGUGAUGCACAUGUGGGAUGUGUACACUAGCAGCCAUCGGAUUAGCUUACCAAUGUUUUGGCAACAGACGUUUGAGGCUGCCUACGAGGACUUGAUCAGUGAUGUGCCUGGAGUUAGAGAGGAUGCAAUCACUGAGAUCGCUAAGAUGUCCGUACGCUCCGUGAAUCUUGAUUCUCCGCUAAUCCGAUCAACGAAGGACCUGAAACGAGCAGAGAAACGUAGGUUGAAGGUAAUUUCAAGUGGAAUUGGUGAAUGAUGUGAUGCGAAGAAGAAAUGCUGGAUAAUGUUAAUCUUAAUUACUACUUCCGAACUCUCAUUUUACUGCUCUACCGCCCAUGUUUGCGAAUUGCGAGAGGUAGUGGCCUGAUCCUAUCGGGAAACCCUUAUACGGUUUGCAUACAGAAACAAAACGAUAUAUUUGUUUCA